AUGUCUAAUGCAUCUGGCCGUCGGCUUGUGGCGGCGACAGUCCGUCUCGCCAUCCCAGUUGGCGGAGGAAUAUCUGGACCACCGGUAGUAGAUGCAAUGGCAUCAAGAUCGUACGACAAAGUCGCUGAUAUCUGCAAUCAAAUUAUGCUUCAGAUUGCUUCACAAGGUCUUGCAUUUCAAGACGAAUGGUCGUUUGCUGUUCAUCUUCUAGGGCAUAUUUACCUUAAUGAUCUCCAAUUGGUAGCUGCAGGAGGAAAUGAUAUGAAGCAGUGUUUGGAUAAGGAGACCCCCAUGGUACUCUGUCUACAUGGACAGCUGACGACCAAGACUGCUGCAAUUGGAGUGGGGUCAUGUGCAACAAACAAUCAGUUGAAUAAUCUUGCUCUUUCCUUCAAUUCUUUUAAUGGAACCAUUCCCACCUUCAUUGGUUCUUUGAGUCAAUUAACUUACCUUGACCUUUCUGAGAACUCUCUUUAUGGAACCAUUCCUCCAGAGCUUGGAAACCUCACCAACUUGCAAGAGCUUGAUCUUGAUUCUGUUGGAAGGUGUAGAGUGGAAAAGGUAGAGUGGUUGUCUCAUCUCUCUCAGUUGGAGGUACUUGUAAUUGAUGGGGUUUCCCUGUCCAAAGCAAAUCAUUGGGUAGAUGUAAUUUCAAAUCUCCCAAAACUCUCAUGGUUAAGUUUACAGGGAUGUGAGCUGUCACAGGUCAUGUAUCCAUAUUCUUCUUCAUUUCUCAACUCUUCUUAUUCAUCUAUUGUUAAGCUUUAUCUCAAUAACAACAAUCUGACCUCAUCCAUGUAUCGUUGGUUGUUCCCAUUAACCACCAAUAACCUCCUUUCUCUUGAUCUCUCUGGCAAUAUGUUAGAGGAUACUAAAGAGCAAAGUGAUAGUGAUGCCCCUGAGAAUAAUCCACAGUACACAACUGUUUAUGUUGGCAACCUUGGCCCUGAAGUAAGACCUCUUAAUCCUAAAAUUUAUUUGUAUGAGACAAGUCAUGAGAAAUUAAGAGCUGAAAGUUGUAAUAAACUCAAAGUAAAAUCUUACUAUUAUGAAACUCUUUUGCUUAAACCUACUGUAUUGACCUGUAGCUAA